AUGGUGACAGAUGAGUGCUUAUAUCUGAGACAUCAGGAGAAAGCAGCUGGAAUUCGGAAAAUUCAGAAUGAAGAAUUUUCGGAAUGCAAUGUUUUUGAAAAUGAAGUCGACAAGUAUGUUGAGGAUAUAAAUACAAUUAGUGUGGAACAGAGAAAAGUGGUUAAACGCCUUUUGAUGGAUAAUCGUGAGGUUUUUUCAAAUAAUCCGGGAUGUACCUCCGUUUACAGUCAUGUUACUAAACCAAUCAGGGAGCAUAUUCAGGUGCGAAAAUCAUAUUCGCCCCCUUUAACUAUACGACAGGACGCGGAUAAGGAAAUUAUAAGGAUGAAAGGGUUAAAUAUUAUUAAGCGUUCUAACAGUAAUAUUUGUAAUCCUUUACGGUGUGUAAAAAAGAAGGAUGGGUCGAUACGAUUAUGCAUAGAUGCGCGAUAA